ACGACUUGGGAAUCACUGGGAUCCAUAGUCGAAAAGUACUCGGUUCCCUUGCGUCCAGGGGCCGAAACAGACUUUUCAGAUUCCAUCUUUGGCGCUUGGUUCGUUUCUCCAGCGCAUCAUGCCUUUGAAUUCGUUACAUUUGCGCCCUUGUGGAUCUCUGCCGGUCUUUUCUUUGCCUGGAGAGCAUUUGGCCCACAAUGCUGACGACCUUUCAACCUCCAUACCCCCCGUCUUCAACUGAGAUCGGCAUCCUCGUUGUCUUAACGUUAUCGUUUCUAGUCACCGUCAUCCAUAAGAUCGCUUCCAACACCGUGAUGUUCCUCCUGCAGCCUUGUCAUGUGAGUGCCGGUCUUUUGAUAGCGGUGAUGAUGUGGCCCGACAAGCGAUCACCUAUACCACACUUGUUGUUGAAUGUAUACUUGCAUACAGCCUGGGGAGCUAUUGCUGCCCUUCUGUUUCCGGACUUGCGAGAUCACGAGAUGCUCGGUGAAGUGACCAACUUUUUCGUCGAGCACGGCUUGAUUCUCAUUGCUCCAGCGUAUUUGCUCUACUCGAAACGAUAUGUUGUGAUGCCGGCAUCACUUGAUAUGGCACUUUUCAGCUUCUUCCUGUAUGCGUUUUACCAUUGCCCAGUGCUGCAAGUAUUAGCAUUACGAACUGCCUACAAUCUGAAUUACGUCCUAGUUCCUCCAUCACUUACCAUUCUAAUUGAGCUUGGCCCAUGGUACCGCAUCACCAUGUACACUAUUGCACUCAUAUCCAUGAUGGUCACCCGCUUUAUUCUUUUUGGACUGUACCUUGCGGUGAUGCCUGAAAAGCGUCUUUUCAAUGUGAAGAAGGAAAAGAGCUUAUAGACAAGGCAGAGUAUAUCUCGGUAUACAUGACCUCCCCUUGCCCAUGUUUCAUUAAUAAAGGUAUAAGAAUCUAUCCUGGAGAGCGCAAAUGUAUGACGACCUGCGUUACAUAACCAU